AUGGCUUGCGUUGCUGCGGUCUUUGCCUUGGUGGAGGAUCUCAUGCUGCGACCGCAGCCAGGCGAGGCGGCGGUGACGUCAGCUUCGAAUUGCCAAAAAGAGGUGAUCUUUCCAUUUCCACUGAUUUCCCUUGAGGUCACAUCAGACUUGAAUGGCGCCAUAGUGUGGUUUAUUGCAGGCUUUGGUGCUAGAUUGUUGUGUAUUGGAAAGGGUCGUAAUGAAGGACGAUGGGUGCUCGGAAAGUCUAGAAUAGAAGAAGCCGUUGAAGACCGGUGUCUCAAACAGAAGUCCUGCCGAAUGACCCAUAAAGUCUUUGCUUAA